AUGGGGAAUUUGGGAGAAGAAGUGACUCUUCCUCAUACCUCUUACAUAGAUAAAGAUGCUGAUGAGGUUGUUACAUUUAAGUUUUUCCAUGGAGGUAAACUAGUUCAAAAUGGGUCAAGUGAUAGUGAAUGGUCUUAUUUUGGUGGUGACUAUAUGUCCAUCUUAGAGCUAUUUGGAAUGGCUAAAGAUGUGGGAUAUGACGGUGGUUAUGGUGUGAGUUUUUAUGGUGAAGAAAGGUCAAGGAGUGAUAGUUCACUCAAUCUCAAACUCCUCUAG